AUGGCGCCGAAGAGCGGCAAGGUAUCGCGGCAGAACACACUGAAGCUGGUCGCCAUAGAUGGACCUCGCCCGGCGAAGAAGCUGAGGCGGCUGAAUCCCCUCACAAAUGGCGCACCGACAUUCGAUCUCUCGCCCUCACCGUCCUCUUCUACUCACUCUCCGCCUCCCUCGCAGCCGCUUCCUCCAUCUCAGCCUUCGUCGAACAAGAGCAGAAGCAAGCUCGAGUCGAACGGAGGCUUCAAGGUUCCCUCGAUACCCGCAGGUCUGAGCGGAAAGGGAAAGGCUAAGGCGCAAGAACCUGUCGCUGAUGAUCGAAUGUGGGUAGAUGUCUACGAGCCAGAGACAGAGGAAGACCUGGCGGUUCAUAAACGCAAGGUGAACGACGUCAGGCAAUGGCUCAUCGAAGCCUUUCAACCGAGCAAGCCUCAGAAACACCGCAUUGGUCUCUUCUCCAGCCUCGUCCAUUACUACCAACUGCUAACCUCCUGCUUUCUACGUCUCACACAGCGCCUCCUCGUCCUCACAGGCCCCGCAGGCUCAGGCAAGACAACGACCCUGCGUGUUCUAUCUCGCGAACUCGGCUUUGAGAUAUUAGAGUGGAGGAAUCCGUUGGCUGUUGCUACUGCUCUUCCUGGUCGACGUGGAAGACUUGGUGAGUUCUUCGACUUUUCAUGGAGUAUUCGGGGUUUUGUGUGGGCUGUAUCGCGAGAAGUGUGGCCCAUUGCACUCGCACCCCUAUCCAUGCGCACUCUCCUCUCUCUUCUCCCUGACCUUCGCACCCUCUACUCCGCAUCACUAACACAUUCUUCUUCUCAUCUCUCCUCCCCUCCUUCCUCUCCUCUCCUCUCCUCCCCUCAAUCUUCCACAGACAACCACAACCCCUACGAUGACGAUCCCUACGAAUCCACAAUGGACAAGUUCGAAGCGUUCCUCACCCGCGCGGGGUCCUAUCGGUCCAUUUUUUCUUCUUCUUUGCCUUUCUCCUCAUCCCUAUCACCGUCUUCCGCUGCUUCUGGACCUUCAUCCCCUCGGACUCGGACUUCAUCACAACAACCGCCACAGAAACAGCAACAACAGAAACAACAGCUCAUCCUGCUCGAAGACCUCCCCAACAUCCUCCAUCCCUCCGUUCGGGACCGGUUCCACGCCGCGCUCAAGGCUUAUCUCGCCGUUCCUUCUUCCUCCGCCGUAUACGAUUCCUAUUAG